CUGCUACCAUUCCACACCCGACUUUAUUGAUUUCCUACCACACCGAUGGAUGCGCGACGCCGAUGGUGAGCAAGAGUGUACACAAAGCCUCAAUAUACAUAUAACGUUGCCGGCUUUGCGCCUAUUCUCCGCUAUUCUACGGCUUCCAACUCUCUUGAAACUUUCGGAGAUUCUCCGCACCCAACCUCCCCCUGCUCAUUUCAAAAUGCCCAGGCUUUCUCCAAACGAAACGUUCCUUGCAUUUCAAUUCAGCCCUAAGGCACGGAGUGAGGAGUGCCGUCCUUCACCCUGCGAUCAGAUGUAAUUCCACCAACAGCGCCCCGUUUUUGGGGGCUGGAUAACAGGUUCUCGGCAUACUAAAUCGCGAAAGUUUCGCGACCAGCUUCCUUGAUCCCUUCCCUUAAGAUAUGCGGAAUAGCCAAUAUUUGGUAUGCCGUCGGACGAUGUUUCGCUCAACGCUCAAGGUCUUGGCCAAUCCCAGAGGAGGAGCUUUACCUGAACGGUCCAGUUAAUCAACAAAGAUGACACAAUCUCCAGCUUCCAACGCGUCCUCCGUCAAUAUUGCAAUAUUCCCCUCGGAGAACGUAUCUCCUGUCUACGCUCCUGUUUGACGAUGAGUGCGCUCUGUCUUGGCCAUGCCCAUUGCCAAUCGAGCGCAUACUGGAGGGCAGCGAUGUAUUAAGAUCAAUCUCUUUCUCCCUCCCCUUUUCUCAUCUGGGACAUAUCGGUUGCUACAGUUAUUUGUCGCACAGUACCUACAUGAAGUGCAGUUAUGGAGUGCAGAGUGUACCUGACAGCCACGUUACGAACCAACGAUUUUAACUGAACCUGUCUCUUAUGCGUGUCGCGAAACUAUUGGAUCGGGGAGUCUGACGCGUCGAUCUCUUCCAUUGGCUUUCCCCAGACAUCGCAAUUUUACCUCAAAACUUGGCCGUGCUUUACCACAACCCUGCGUUAGCUGUUACUUGCAGCCGUGCCUGGAUUCUGGUACGGCCCAUUGGAAAGUCCGAGACACGUUCAAAGCGCGUUGUCCCACUCCCCCACCUAUAGAAGUCUAUCUUCUAUCUCUGACACAGUCGCUGGUGGGAUGGUAAUAUAGAUGCAUAUCCAGUGUGAACUAAUUCUCCUUCAUCCUCCUUCAUUUUCUUCACUUUCAAUCGUUACUCCAUCGACAAUUAUUUUCUUUUCCAUACAUACGAAUAGUUCUGUUAGAAUUAUAUUCAAUCGCUAGCAAAUAUCGCUAUCACUUUCUUUAUCACUUCCUUGCAUAUACAAUAUAUAUCAUAUCACCCCACCCUUGAUUCGACAAUCUUGUCAACUCCUUGAAAGGCCAACGCUCUCUCUGGAACUUCGCGACCUAAGAAUCUGCGAUAUCUUUACGGCAAAUCGCAUUAGCAAGAGAAAGAUCAACUUCUUUUCCGUUUUCAACCACCCGGAGAAUAUUACCCUGAGUUAUCGCGGCCUCGGCUUCAAUACGACAAGGGUUACUUGACAAGGCCUCGUAUUCCCAUGUGCUAUAGCAUAACUGCACAAACCCGAAAAAGCUUACCAGCAUUGCAAAUCAUUUCGACAUUCAGCGCCGGAUGAGGUUUCCUGGAUUAUAUUGAAGAUCUACGAGCGACUGGUCGCCGCUGCAAGAAGCCGUUGCAUAACCACGGUUACUCGCAUCGUCGUUUGUUCUCUCCGUUUGCAGCCCCUCCUUCUCUGCAGAAAAACGGACCGAACCCUGCCUCGUUGCACCUCGCACAAUUGGAUACCGACGUGCUACCAAGACCUGCGAACGCGUCUCUUGGAAUACUAUAGCUCUAUCGACCCCGCAAGUUCUCACACGAUAACAUCCAAACACAAUGGCGGUGCUGCGAAAGUUGGAGCCGUAUGUCGGCGCAUUGGCCGUUGCAACUCUGGCCGCGAACCUCGCAUUGACUUUCGCAUUUGCUAUAAAUCUCAGAAAGUUUGGGCAUCCAGCUGGGGUACUGGCGUGUGCUUCAGCUGCCCUUGGUGGCCUCUCAUUAUGCGGCAUUGUCUUUGUUGGACUCCGCCGGAUAUUUUAUCAACAAAGUGGUGAGCCCUCGAAAGCCGCGAGUUGGCGACUUUGGAAAUCAACAUUGGAGGUUGCGAUUAUCCUAAUCAUUUGGAGCCUCUGCGCCAUCGCGACAUUCAUCUGGAUACUCUGCACCCAAAAGGAUGGCUUGCCACUCAAUACACUUGGCAUGUCCACACAGACUCUUGUCAUCAUUGCUCUUAUUUUAUGGGCCGUUUCGGGCCUCGCGCACUCUCUAUAUAUGAUGAGCAUCGCGAGUGUAGUUAGGAAAGAGCUGCACGCCGCUCAAGGAGCUGCUGCUGCUGAAGAAGGACAGGCGGCACCAGAGAUGGCUGAGACGUCUAACCCAACAGUGGACGACUCUCAGCGCAGCAAUGAUAGCUCCACUUACGUUGGCUCUUUGGGAUCAACUUCAACUGGCUCGAUCCAGAAGCGCUCGAGCUCUGAGACUAGGAGUUCUAUCCGAUAUUCGUUCACCAAUGCGAUCAGGCCGAUGACCUCGACAACCCGUCUCAUUGCCCACAGACAGAGCCAUCGGUCUCCAUCUAUCGAAUCUGCUGGAGAGCGCGAUUUUAUUGGUAGUUUCGAUUCGUGGGACACUUCCGGCGUUGAAGGUCCCGCAUGGGAGAGUACUCUCUCUUUCGGAAUCAUAAACUCUAGCCCGCUCAGCGCCAUCCCCUCGCAUCCCCGCAUCCUCGAGACCAUCCCUGCCUCACCGACAGUAAGCUCCCGUUCGCAAAGCCCUGGAUACACGCUGGACUUCCCACCACCAAGCAUCUAUGCUCGCCACUCACGGAGCCAGUCGCCUGCGGCCAGCUUUAGAGAACUCUCCGGCAGCCACAGUCCAGUCGGGAGCGAAAAGCACAUUCACCCUCUCUUCCGCUCAGACUCACCUACCCCGCCUCCAUCGGCCACACCGACUAGCAUCAUAACCGCAGCUCCAAAUGCGGGUGCGGUAAUCUCUGAGAUGGCCGUAGCUGUAGUGAGGCGGAAGCGAAGCAGCUCUCAGACGGGUCGUAGUCCGCUGAUCCACACAACUAGCUUUGACAAUAUUGCGAUGGAGGUGAAGAGGGAGAUUGGCAAGAUUACACAGGAGGUGAGGAGGGAGAGCAUGUCACGGUCAGGCGAAGUGGAUAUGAGCGAGAAGAACUGGCCGGAAUCAUCACCUGCUGGUGACCGCGGCAUGACUCCUCCGAUACCUGAGUGGAUUCUAGGUGCGGGGCAGCGCACAUCCUUUCAUGGAUAUUCGAAGAGGAAAAGCGAGAAGGGAGAAGUGAUAGGCGGGGGAUGAAUGGGGAGUUUAAUGGCUCGGAGCCUGCGGUCUUACUGACGACGUUUGUUUUCUUAUGUCUGCAUGUUUUGUAUUUUUUUGAAGCGCGG